UAUAUUUUCCACACUCGGUACUUUACUUUCGCGUAGUCAAAAUGAAACUGUUCUGUUUAUUUAUAUUUUCCGUCGUUAUAACGAUAAGCAAAACACAAAGUCUCGAUUGGACUGACAGCGAACCCGAUCAACCUACAUUUGAAACACCUCCAGGCUACAAUUCCUGGGGCACUAAUUUAUACAAAGCUUACAAUGUUGCGAAGAAUUGGAACUAUGCACAACAGACAUGCCAAGAAGAUAACGGAAAUUUGGCUGUUAUAAAUUCAGCUGAAGAAGCUCAAUUCGUUCGUCAGCUACUGAUCGACAACGUUCCAAUCAUCAGAUCUACUUAUCCUGGCGGCUGGGUGGGAUUCAGAGAUUUUGAUGGCAACGCUAAUUGGCAAACACUUACUAGACAAAAUUUAGACGAAGCUGGCUACAAUAAGUGGUGGAGAAAUGGCGAUAAAGAUGAAAAAGACAAAUGUGGAGCUAUCAAAACUUGCGGAAGAUUUUCAGCUGUUUCUUGUGAUGAAUCACUUGCUUUUAUUUGUGAAAUUGAACCAUUACUAACAAACAUUCAUGUGGAAUGAUAACAACCAGUGUAAUUUUUUAAAAAAUUAAAAAUAAAACCAAUUACUAUUUCAAAUUUCAA